AUGGAUCAUAGAUGGAAAGUAUCAAAAAUCAAAGCUGCCUUCAUGACAAGUUUGGAUGAAAAUUCAACAGGUGGCUUUUUAGGCAUGAUUUUCACUAUGCUUAGCUCUGAAAAUUUUGUUGUUCCAAAAUUAAUUGGUCCAAAAGGUCUCAAGGAACAACUUCUCUGUGAUUUUGCAUAUAAGGAUACACCCGAAUAUUUGCCUGAAAUAUCUGAUUUCUAUUCUGAUGAAAAUCUAACUGUAAAAACUAUUGAAUUAACAGAAACAAUUGCAUUUGAUAUCCAAUUAAGAUCAUAUCCCGGAAAGUUUUUGCCUGAUAAAGCUAAAAAACUUGGUGUCCCUCCUGGUCCUCUUUUCCGAAAAUUAGCCAAUGGGGAAUCAAUAACUUUAGAUAAUGGCACUGUUAUUAAUUCUUCUGAUUGCAUGACAGACUCAUUGCCAGGUGAUAAUUUCUUAGUAAUUGACGCGAGAUCAUUAAAUGAUCUUAAACUCAUCAAAGAUUUAACAAAAUACAACUAUGUUAUUCACUUCACCAAUAAUGAUUUGCUGACUAAUCCAGAAUACGUAGAUUUCUUUUCAAAAGUCAAAACUAAUUUUGCUUUUAACACAAAUAAUUCUGUUAGUUAUCAGCAAAUAUAUAACAUUUACCAAGAGUGUGCCAAGCUACACCCAGAUUUCUUAGCUCCUUUGACUUCUUCAUCAAAAUCCGAAGAAAUUCCUAGUAUUUAUACAGUAAUUUCCCAAUCAGAUGUAUAUAGAUUGGCUCCUUUAGAUAAGAAGAAACUUGAAUUCGCUCCAAAGACUCAAGAAAACGAAGUUGAAGGAGAAUAUCCAAAAUUUGAAACUUUUGGCGUCACUUUCCUUGGAACAGGAGCUAGACAACCAUCAAGCAUGAGGAAUGUUACUGGUCUUAUGCUUCAUACUAAGUCAGGAGUCAUUGCAAUCGAUCCUGGAGAAGAUUAUUAUGGCCAACUCUGCAGAAAAUACGGUAAAACUGUUACAGAACAGCUUCUUAAAGAGAUUAAAAUGGUAUUUGUCACUCAUAUCCAUGGAGAUCAUACUUUUGGAGUUCAUAAAUUAUUAUCUGAACGAAGUAAGUUAACAAAUGAAGAAAUAAUUGUUCAGGCAGAUCAAAUUCUGAUAGAUGAGCUUAAAUAUUAUGAAAAAUACCAAAAGUUUUAUGUAAAUUACGUAAAUAGAGAUACAACAACCGUUACAGUUGGCAAUAAUGUUGUAACAAGUAUUCCUGUUAAUCAUUGUCCAGGUUCGCAUGCUAUAUUAGUUGAAAUUGAUGGAAAAUACAGAUUUUCAUUCACUGGAGACAAAAAUCAAGAAGAUGAAUACGUGAAAACAGUUGGAAAAUGUGAUUUAUUAGUUCAUGAAGCAACUUACGAUGAAGACAAAGCAGAUAAAGCUAAAGAAGUCUGUCAUAGCACUGUAAAACAAGCGAUUGCUGUUGGAAAAGAGUUGGGAGCAAAAACAUGUUUAACACACAUUUCUGGAAGAUAUUCUUGUGGAAUUUCUGAGUCAGAAAAAGGCUCAUUUUUCGUGUUUGACUAUCUCUUCAUUCCUUACGAAAGAGUUGAUGAAGUUGAAGCAGUCUGCAAGGAUAUGAUUGAUCUGAUGAAUAAAAGCGAGGAUAAUUGA